AUGGCGUGGAUCAGCCAAACGGCAGGGCUGCUGUCCGAUUCGGUCGCCCACCACCGCCCUCAUUUUCCCCUGGUCGCCGUGACGGGCAUCUCGUUCACCCUGGGCUUCGUGCUCAGCUCGCUGCUUCAGAAACGUGUGGCCGAACGGGGUGUUUUUUCUUCUCCGCGGGACCGGGUCUUGUUGCAGUCGGACUCCGAGACGAGUACUCUCCCCUUACCCCCCGACGUGCUACCUGGUGCUCGUGAUGUCCCAUCGCCUUACGGGUCGAUACGAGUGUACGAAUGGGGCCCGGAGGAUGGCCACAAGGUUCUGUUUGUCCAUGGGAUUACCACGCCUUGCAUUGCUCUGGGAGGGGUUGCACACGCGCUUGCGGACCGUGGAUGCCGCGUUAUGUUGUUCGAUCUGUUCGGAAGAGGGUAUUCGGACUGUCCGACCGACCUUCCCCAGGAUGACCGCCUCUUUUCAACCCAGAUUCUACUCGCUCUCAACUCGUCGCCCAUUGCCUGGACCGGCCAAGGGUCCGGCAAUUUCAGUCUGGUCGGGUACUCGCUGGGCGGGGGCAUCGCGGCAGCAUUUGCCUCGGCUUUCCCGCAUCUGCUCUCGUCUCUGGUGCUGCUGGCCCCGGCCGGCUUGAUCAGAGACUCACAGAUCAGCUUCUCGUCUCGCCUCCUCUAUUCCAACGGGCUGGUCCCCGAGAGCGUGCUGGGCUACCUGGUCGGCCGGCGGCUGCGCGCAGGUCCACUCAUCAAGCCCAAGCACACCAAGCUCAGCGCCUCUGACGCCCUGGCCGAGGAACUGCCCUCGCAGCCUGCCGCAAACACCACAAACACCCAGAUCCUCUCCCGCGCGUACCCGCACAUCACCGUUCCGGAAACCGUGCGGUGGCAGGUCAACAAUCACGCGGGCUUCGUCCACGCCUUCAUGUCCAGCAUGCGGCAUGGCCCCAUCCUGCAGCAACGCCAGUGGGCCAGUUGGUCGCGGCUCGGCGAGUUCCUUUCCUCGCAGCGCACCCUGCCGCCCGCUGAGCAGCGCGCUCGCGGUCUCCCCAGCGACAAGGUCCUCAUUCUCUGCGGCUCCAACGACGUCUUGAUCCUCAAAGACGAGUUGUGCGAGGAUGCUGCCACCGCCCUCAAGGGUAAUGUGCAGUUCGAGUACAUUGACGCCGGGCAUGAGUUCCCCAGCACCAAGUACGAAGAAGUCGCUCAGUACGUGUGGGACUUGCUGCAGUGA